AUGCUUCAAUUUAAUGGAAAUUUUAUGAGACCAAUAGAAUCAUCUCAUACUCCGCUUGUUGCUGCUACUACUAUUACUACAGAAUUUAAACAAUAUGAUAAAGAAAAAUAUGAAAGUGCUAAAUCUGGUAAUAAUCGUAGGAGACGAAAAUCAACGCGUGAAGAGUGUGAUACUUCUUCUUCUCUGGAUGGUUAUGAAGAAGAGUAUGCUAACGCUAAUGGUAAUAAUGGUAAUAGUUCAUUAUCACAUGCUGAAGUUCGUCGUCGAAUGCAUAUUCAAUCCGAACAGAAAAGACGCGCAGAGAUCAAAGAUGGGUUUGAAGAUCUUAGACGGCAAUUACCCAUCUCUAAUCACAGUCGUAAAAUGACUGUUUCACAUAUUAAGAAUAUGAAAUCUAAAGAAUGUUACCUCAUAGAAGAAAUCAACCGUCUUAAUCAAUACAUUAGUUAUCUGGCUUCAGAGCUUGAUCGAGAAAAAAGAAUGAAUGUUAUACAUCAACAAAAAGAAACACUUGAUAAGCUUUAUCAGAUUGGAUUAUAA